AUGCACAUUAUAUUUAGUGUGUGUUUGUUUAUCAUUUACAUAAUUCAUGUAUAUCCUUGUAAGUCUGGUUGUUUAGGUAAAGAUAAAGGUUAUUCAGAAAUUUGUGAGAAGGCGAUAUAUGAGAAUGAAUCAAAUACAUUUUGUAUGAAAGAUCAUUUAAUUCGAGAGUCCUUAUUUAUUUAUAAGCCUAUUAUGAAAUUAUUAUUAAAAAAAUAUAGAUUACGUAAUAAUAAAAUAGCAAUAGUCGAACAUGCUUAUGGUGAACCACAAAAUUUUAUAACAUAUGGGAAAUUUUUCAGAAAAGUAUUAUCCUUUAGUCAUUCAUUAAAUAAUUUUGAAGGACAAGGUAUACAAGGUAAAAGUUAUAAAGAACAUCAAAAUCAUGGAUGGUUUAGAUUAUUAGGUAUAUAUGGUAGCAAUUCUAUAAAUUGGUUAAUUGUUGAUAUGGCAGCUAUGAUGAGUGGUGUAACAACCUUGAUUUUACAUUCUAACUUUAGUAUAGAUGUAAUUGUAAACAUAUUAAAUGAAACGAAAUUAGAAUGGUUAUGUUUAGAUUUAGAUUUAGUUGAUGGCUUAUUACUUCAUAGACAUGAAUUACCAUAUUUGAAAAAAUUAAUAAUUUUAGAUAACUUAGUGAAACCUAUACGAAUAGAUAUUCUUCGUUAUGUUUUUAAUAAUGAAAAUAACGUUUCAGAAUAUGAUGAUGCUAGUGAUGAUGAUGAAAAUAGUGAAUCGUCUGAUGAAUCGUUUGAAAUUAAUAUGGGUCUUGCAGAAUAUGAUGUAGAAAAAUUAGAAAAAAUAAAAGAUUUAAAAGAAAGAUCAAAAAAUGUUGGAAUUAGAUUUUUAGAAUUUGAUGACGUAUCAAGUGUCCCAACUAAAAUUUAUAAUAUUCAAAAUGAUGAACCAGAUUUUAUUACUUCUAUUGUAUAUACAUCUGGAACAUCUGGAAAACCUAAAGGUGUUAUGUUAAGUAAUUUAAACAUGUAUAAUGCUAUUGUACCAUUAUGUAAACACAGUAUGCUAAAUUAUCAUCCAAAAGCACAUUUAUCCUAUUUACCUGUAUCACAUAUAUAUGAAAGAGUUAAUGUAUAUGUUGCUUUCUUAUCAGGUAUAAAAAUAGAUAUUUGGAGCAAAAAUAUCAAUUUCUUUUCUAGAGAUAUAUUUAAUUCAAAAGGUGAAUUAUUAGUAGGGGUACCCAAAGUUUUUAAUAGAAUCUAUUCAAAUAUUAUGGCAGAAAUAAAUAAUUUGUCAGCUACUAAAAGAAGAAAUAUAAAAAAUGUUUUCUCAUUACGUAGAUCUGUUAAUUGUGCUUGCUUUACAAAUUUAUUAGAAGGAUUAACUGGAUAUUCAUCUAAAAUUAGAAAUUGUGUAAACCCAAAUUUAGAAGUCAUAUUAAAUGGUGGUGGAAAGUUAUCUCCAAGAAUUGCUGAAGAAUUACGUGUUCUAUUAAAUGUUAACUUUUAUCAAGGCUAUGGUUUAACAGAAACCACAGGUCCUAUUUUUGUACAACAAAAAAGAGAUUAUAAUACAGAAAGUAUAGGAGGUCCCAUAGCCCCUAAUACAAAAUAUAAAGUAAGAACAUGGGAAACUUAUAAAGCAUCAGAUUCUACACCUAAAGGAGAAUUAUUAAUUAAAAGUGAUUCCAUAUUUAAAGGAUACUUUCUAGAAAGAGAACUAACAGAAAAUUCUUUUACAUAUGAUCAUUUUUUUGUAACAGGUGAUAUCGUUCAAAUAAAUGAUAAUGGUUCUUUAACUUUCUUAGAUAGAUCUAAAGGUUUAGUGAAAUUAUCACAAGGGGAAUAUAUAGAAACAGAUUUGUUAAAUAAUAUUUAUUCAGAAAUUCCUUUUAUUAAUAAUUGUGUUGUUUAUGGUGAUGAUUCUUUAGAUGAAGCCUUAGCUAUUAUUUCUGUUGAUAAAUAUUUAUUAUUUAGAUGUUUAAGAGAUGAUAAUAUGUUAAAUGAAACUGGAAUUAAUGAAAAAAAUUAUAUGGAUAAAUUAUCUGAUCAAAACAUAAAUACAAAACAUUUUAUUGAUUACGUUAAAAAUAAAAUGUUAGAAGUAUAUAAUAAUACAAAUUUAAAUAGGUAUAAUAUUAUUAAUCAUAUUUAUUUAACGUCCAAAACUUGGGAUACAACCAAUUAUCUUACACCAACAAUGAAGGUGAAGAGAUUUUCUGUCAUACAAGAUUAUGCUUUCUUCAUUGAUCAAGUUAAAAAUAUAUUUAAAAAAAAAUUAAAAGGUCAAAAGGAACGCACUAAGCGUUUACAAAAGAAAACCUCAGAUGAACAGGAAAUAAAAAAUGAUGAAAACGAUCAAGAAAAAUCUAAAAAAAGUUAUUUUUCAAGAUUAUCACAAAAGAGAAAAUCACGUUCUCAAGAAAAAAAUAAAUCAACAUCUCAAGAAAAAAAUAAAUCAACAUCUCAAGAAAAAAAUAAAUCAAAAUCUAAAGAAAAAAAUACAUCAACACUUCCACAGGAUAAUAUAUCCAUACCAGUGCAAAAUAAAAUUGAAAAACCGCAACAAAAUAAUAUGUCAAAUAUUACAUUAAAAAAUACCCUCAAAUCUACUGAUGCAUCUUUAAAAAUACCUGAAAAAAAUAAAGUACAAACAAAUAAAUCGAGAUUUCAAGUUCAAAAUGUACGAGAAGAACUUGAAAUGAAUUCAUAA